AUGGAUUUGGAUCGAAAGGUAACAUUUUUCAAAUGCAUAAAGUGGCAAUUCGAAGACACACUCGAUCCUAUCAACUGCCCUUUCCACUACUUCUGCGACAGUCUCUACGCCGGCGACUAUCCUGAAAUCAUCGACGUUCUGGUUUUCUUCUUCUUCACUUUCUCUUACCUGACGACGCUGAUCGUCGUGUUGAAGAAGGUGAUAUCAAGAAGAAGAAUAAGAAGAGAAGAAGAACAAGACGAUGAUAAUGAUGAUAGUGAUAAAGCAAAAAGGUACUUACUACCUUCAGGUCCAAUCUCUCUUCCUUUGAUCCUCUUGAUCCUUGCAAAAGGUCAAAGAAUCAACACCCUUUUCCCAAUUUCCAUGUUUGGACCAGCAAUCCUUCAGCUAGUCCAACUCUCAGUGCUUGUAUUCGAGAGCAACAUCGAGAAAGAAGCAAGCUUUGUCUUCUUCGAAGCCUCUACUAUCUCUGGAAUCCUCCACGCAAGUAUUUACUUAGACGCAGUGAUUCUCCCCUACUACACAGGAUUCGAUGCUCUGGUCGCUUCGACCUCCUCUGGAGUUUGCAAGACUUGUAUCUGUAGGAAAGAGCCGUUAACGGUGGGAGGGACGAUUGUGGCUUACAGGGGAUGGUCAAGUACAACGUUUUUGGUGGUUGGUGUUUUAUGUUUGAGGAUCAUAUGCAAGUUAUGCAGAGAAGAAGCAAAGACGAAAAAGGUUAUGGUGAUUAAAAAUGUAGUGGAAGGAUUGGCGUGGACAGUUCUUGUAAGGGAUUGUGUCUACUUGGCGGUUAUGUCUCCUGUUGAAGAGCCGGUCUUGUUUAGGGUUUUUGUGUUUGGUUCUGUUCUCAUGUUGAUUUGUUUUUACGUAAUCACACAUGUAUGUUGUUUGGUUAGUCGGAGACAGAGUAAGAAGACAACAAACACAUGA